CGAAGAAAUGAAAUAAUGUUUUCCUUACUAUUUUUUUUUCAGAUCGUUGAGUGCAGGCGUAUUUUGAAAUGGACAUAUGCUUAUGGAUAUUAUUUACCAGAGCAUGAACAUGCCAAGAGACAGUUCUUUGAGUACUUGCAAGGUGAGGCAGAGUCUGGGUUGGAAAGACUUCAUCAAUGUGCAGAAAAGGAGCUACAUGUUUACCUUAAUGCAGAGGGCCAAUCAAAAGACUUCAAUGAGUUUCGCACAAAACUUGCUGGACUGACCAGGUAGUUGCCAAACCAAAAAUUUACUUGGCUUUUUUCUUUGA